AUGGAUUCCCGUUUAAUGUCGAUCCAAAUACAGUCCUUUGCAGGGAGGCAAGCAAGCGGAAAGGCCGGAGCCACCAACACACCCGGGGAUCAGGUGGAUUUCCCGGGUGCCAGCCUGAUUGAGAGAGCAACCUGGAUUUUUAAAGUCGGCAGCCGGUGCAAGCAAGGAGUUUUUGCCAGCAGCAUCAUAGGUCCAGACAGCUCCCUAUCCACGCCUUUAGUAAUCCACGCCGACAUCUCUAGGCUGCUUUUGUGCUUUUUCAGGUCGAUUUCGCACUCCUGCUCAAGCAGAAACCCAGGGCAUGGGACGUUCAGACGCCAGCGAUCCAAGCCGUCUGUACCGGCAGCAGUCUCAGGGAGCAUGCAACCCGGGGGCACCGAGUACCGGGCAGAUGCUUUCUCAACAACAGGGGGGUGCACGUCUGGAGAAUAACAUGCGGGGGCCACCGGCGAGGCCCGUUGGGGGGGGGCCACACAAAGGUGACAAUGCUGAAGGGAAUCAGAAUGACCCUCGGGCUUGGGGGGGGGGAGUGGCGCCGCAGGCGCAGUACUGGAAUCAGG